AUGGUAAGAUGGAGCAUCCUGCCUGCAGAUUGUAUCCCGAAUAGCUGUAUUAUUAACAUCUAUGAGGAGGGAGACUGCAUUCCGCCCCACAUAGAUCACCACGACUUCGUCAGACCCUUCUGUACGGUGUCCUUCAUGAGCACGAGCAACAUUCUGUUUGGAAGAGAAAUUGACAUUCUGGGACCUGGAGAGUUCAGAGGAUCGGUCGAGAUUCCGCUGCCAGUAGGUUCAGUUCUGAUUUUGAAAGGGAAUGGAGCAGACUUGGCGAAGCAUUGCAUUCCAGGAGUGCCGCAUCGCAGAAUUUCUGUUACUCUAAGAAGGAUGGACGAUAACAAAGUGCCACACGGGUUUCAGCCAGAUUUAGAGUUGGAGGAAUUACGCCCGUACUAG